AUGUCCAAGCCCUCCCACAGCGCAAUAGCGUACUUCAUCGUCGAAGGCGGCCUGGUCGCUCUCGAGGACCCCACCGGCCAGGGUGACCACACCCUCGUCCAGACGCAGGCGUUCCGCGACCACGCCGGCCACGUCUGGGCGUUCCGGGCCUGGAUCCCGGCCGGCGUGGCGGCGGACCAGCACGCCGACAGGAUCGCCGACGGGCUGGCGCAGGUGGUCUUCCGGCUCGAUCCGCAGUUCCACCCGCGGACGGACGCGGUGAUCGAUGCAGUGGUCACGCCCGAGGGGCGAGACGAAGCAACGUCCGGGGCCUGGUAUCAGAUUCGGUAUGAGGGGGAGGCGCCGCGGUGGAGCUGCGUUGUCGAGCGCGUGGCGCCCAAGGUGCAUCUUGUGGGGAUGUUGCGGGGUCUCUCGAGGAAGGAGGCGGGGGGUAGAAGGGUUGUGCAUGAGCCGUAA